AUGGAACCCGUACCUUCUAACUCUGUGACAAAUCCGGACUCAACCACUCUCGAAGCUCUCUUGGACGCGCCAGGGCCUCUUUCACUGUCCCAGAGUUCGUUAAGCGGUGCAAAAGCUUCGCCUGUCUGGCCCAAUGGUCAGCACCAGCACUGCGACGAUAUUUCAUCCUCACCCCUGGCUAAACGAAAGCUUUCGUCGGCGUCAGACUCCACUGUCCUGCAUCAUCCGCCUACCGACAGACCUCCCGUUGAUAUUACAGUGAAGGAGGCCUGCAUGGAAUUACUCUGCAUUCUUAUCCGUCAGGAUGUCAACGGGUUGCUGCACUUUCCUCUCAAACAGGUACUCAUUGCAGAGGUGGUGCCACUUCAUGACUUUGGCAACUUUUUACAAUAAAUCUUAUGUGGACAAACGCCGUCCAGUAAGCUAGCCAGGAUGUCAUCAAGAGAGAUGGUUAGAACCUCGGGUUAUAUGCUCCCCAUCUCUCUCUCUCUUAGAUGUUGAGUCGCGACCUUCUUGGCCAGUAUGUUCGGUUGCGACAAGCGACCAGAUGAGAUCAUGUCUAUUUUCUCACUUCACAAUACCACGAACCCCUUCACUUCUUAGAAUUUUCCAGUCGCUUGGAGGAACUUACAAAAAAUCGUUUACUUUCCUCCUUAUGCCAUUCUGCCCAACCAACGCCCAAUAACGACUCGGUACCUAAUCCUGUUAUAACGUGCUCACAUUUUACAUGAAAGUAGUUUAUAAUCAAGUCUGUCCUAGCGACCGCGUAUUUCCUUAAACAUUUAUUCCUGUCUGUAACAGAAGCCCCCUUGCGGUUUUGACUUCCGUAAUUGUUCCUCAGAUCCGUCCGGGACUUUUCAGUGAUGCAUAUGCAUUUUAAAGUGAGUGGUUAAAAAAGAAUGCACAGGCUCCGUUUCUGGCGGAAAUCACGCCAAAAUAUGCGAACGUGAAUAGUACGCUUGGUCUAUUUAGUUACACGAAUAAGUAGGUUGGGUUCGGACCGCGGACUUAAUAUGAAAUAACUGCGAGGAGAAAAUACCGCGAACGAAUGUUGAAGGUACAAAUCGUGAAAGAAAUCUGUCGCAUGUGCUCAUAAUCAGUACCUGUAUUGGGGGUGCAGUCAAGCUGUUGCUACAUUAUAUAUAUAUCAGUAAUUCUUGUUUGCGUAUGUGGACAAUACACGUUUAUUACGCUGAAAUUGGCUGUGUUCAGAUCAAAUAUUCGUAUGAAUUGAGCGAAAUUUAGAAAUCUGUACCUGGGAGACUUUACCCCAGCUUCAAAUUUCGCUUUCAAAUACCACUGGGGAGGGAGGUCGAAUUCGUCAUCGCGCCGUCCUAGGCACUUCCCAAGCAAGGAGUUAAUCCCUCUUGACAUUUGAUUUCCGUCCGAAAGAAAUCCUUACCUAAUAUACUUUUAGGACAUUGGCCUUGCUUAUGAUCUGCCAUCCACGGUCUCUAUAAACCUGCCCGCGAAUUAUUUAUUUCGCCUGAUUUGAAAGACAAUAACUUGGAGUAAAAAUUUGACUUUUUACCCUGAAAACGUACAUUUUUAAUUAAUACAGGUGGAUGGUUUCCAGAACUCCCUUCGUGGUCUUGAGCGCCUAGUCCUCACUGACAAGAUCUGUUCCCUCGAUGACUUUCGUCAACGCGUGAAGUCCAUUUUCUCCACAGCCCGCGACUACUAUCCCGCCACUAUGCCGGCUGGCUCCGAAGUUGCCCGGCUCUCGAGCCUGGCCAGUCAGUGGUUUUCCAGCCUCGCUGGUCAUCCUAUCUGGUCAGUGCGUUCACAGUCGUCCUCCACUCCCACUUGUGACAAUACAACGACUCCGGCUUCUGAAGAUGCCCCGUGCGCAGUAUCCCUCAGAUUACUAAAUCCCGACAACCGCGGCAUCGUCAGCCCCACCAAACGCAUACGCACAAUUGGCCAGGAGGUUGGUUUAGAAAGCUGUUGAUGCCGCCUUAUUUUCCUUCUGUGUCUGUUCUCCAUCGACUAAGCAGGGUGCUGUUAUCAGACCCAAACCGCGGCAGCGUUAUAUCGUCCGAACGACGUCUGAUUCGCGUCGGCUGAACAACUGGCGGGUUUGUAGAGCGCAGUGCUGCCUAAAACGGGCCACGCGGUAGUUGUGCUAGCUCAACGCGACGUACAGAUCAGGGACGGCACACGUUGUUUGGGCUACGCACCCAUGACAAAUGACACACAUGAAGGUGUGGUGGCACACCUAGGCGCAGGCCCACGCCGCGCCAUCCGUCUGCGCUUAAUCUCCUCAUCGGAUGGCUGACCGACUCGGACAGUGGACUAACGCCUCUGAGAGGGAAGAGAUAGUAAGGUCGACUCUGGCCGAACGCGUCCCCACGGCACUCAUAGCCAAACCCUCGCUAUGACGCGCUUUUAAGCUAUCUCAGUGCGCAAAAAGUCGUGGCUUAGAAGGUUGCCAACUGGCAGUAAAACUCGGUUCCCAUCUCACGACGGGGAGUCAGGCUACAGUGGCUCCUACAACACUUUCACUCAGUGGAGAUCCCCUAGUUAUUUUGGUGAGAACUCAGUCCGUCGUGCGCGGAGCAGACGUGUGUGGCACGCGUUAACGGGCUGUUUAGGUUUGUCAUUCACUGCUAUCCGGUCUUCGUGUCUCAGAUCAGAUGAGUGAGGACAAGAGAGUGUGGCAGAGGUGCAAGUGCACGCUAACUGUAAACUAGCUCACCGGCAAGUCACCCUGCACCGGGGCGCUCGGUGGACAUCGUCGUACGCGACGGUCGAACUGUCGUGUAGAGCGAGAGGGAGAAUCCGAAACGCCUGACAAUAGUCACUGCACUCGAAAUCCCCCCCGGACGCCUUGAAUCACGCUAGAACUAACACCUCCUCUCACUACUUAUCAUUGGGAAGUUUGUCUAUGCUGUAGCUUUGUUUUAAGAGCUGACCUGUCGGAUAAUUUGGUUUUUGAGACCGAGAGCCUUUCAAACGUGUAACAGCGGAGAGACGGAGUGAAUGCCUGCUGAAUCACUGUGCCCGGUCAAGUCUUGCCAUUGGGGUACGACGAUGCCUCUGUUCGGUGAUAGCAUGGAUCCGACUGACGAAGGACCCUAUGAUUCCUUGGAGCAGUCUGUCUGUUCGGCUGGGGAAGGGGGGGGAUUCUCACAACACUUCUAGACAUGACCAGCCCCUAAACUCAGUUGAGCCCACUUAGUAUUCCCAUGCUAAGUUCUAUUUAACUGUACUAUCUCCCGCUUGCACUUUUCUUCCAUUCGUGAUCACCCAGAGUUGCAAAACGGCUGUAAAACAGUCUCCUGGCGGUCUAUAACUAUGCUGACGAUAUCCAGCAAAAUGUUGGGUGUAAAGGCCCCUUCGAAUCCUGCGACACUAAAAAGAACACUAGAAUGGGUGCAAACAGUCUACAUAUUCAAGGAAGUCGGAUCCCCAUUGUUGCAUCUUGAAUUCCUGAUGAGAAGCAAGGAGAUUCAGGGAUUUUGAUACACAGAAAAUUGACUGAAGAUAUGGAAGCAUCCUAAUCGUCGCGUACGACGGAAUUUGCUGUCAUCAUAUCCUAAUUGAAUGGAUGUAUCUCAUCCCGAGGGACUAGACUUAUAAACCAUCAGACCGAUGCAAAAGGGCCGCCAAGUUGGGGGGUAGGAAGAGAAUAAGACCAUUUGCAGAGUACGGACACCUAUGGAUACGUUUAGGCAUGGGGCAGCGUUUUAUGACAGGCUUGGAGAAAUGAAAGCGGGGAUUACAAAAUGUCGAAGUUAAAGCCCAAGUGGUGCAGGACUGCUAACAGCGUCGAGCAGGGGAGUUAAGUCAAAGAUUAGGGCGAAACGAUGAAGGUAACAGAAGGCAGAACUGUAUGCUGGAUGUUCUACCAAUUCUUGGAACUCCAGGCGGUGUGCUUGAGUGGUGGACGGAGACAUGCGCCUUCGAAUCCAGGAACCACCCCGAUGGGGUAAAGUUGUUUUCACCGAAGUUGCAACCUCCUCCUGUGUGAAUUCCUUUAAGUGUAGACUUUACGCGCAUCAAGCCUCCCAGUUACCAGCCUUACAUUCACUCACACAACCGGCACCAACUUAAGCUUGUUUAUACUACUUGUAACUAGUUAGUAGCCGUUAUUGAUUACUCUUUUUUGACUAGCUGCCAGCGAUUAUGUACAAAACCCCUUUUUUCACCUUCCCACUAUCAAUGUUUUUCUCCGACGACUUGUAACCAAUAGGGAGUUCAAAGGCGCUCGCCUAUAUUUCCCUUAAUAAACUGAAACUGAAAUCACCAGCAAGUAAGCACUCCCCUUGGGGGAUAGGAACGUAGACGUUCUUUCAAGUUAGGGCAGCUUUACGAAGUCCGUCUGACAUCUUUUUGGUCGUCAUAUAGGUUGGCCCUUUGGCCGAAGGCACACACCUCUCCCAAUUCGGCGGUUACCGGGAAGAUCGACGCAACAAGGUGAUUCCCUACACAUACCUCAACUACGGCCCCUACGCCUCAUUCGGACCCACCUAUGACAGCGGAACCUCCAACUGCACCCCAGAGUCCAACCAACUGCUGCUGGGCACUUCCUGGCUGCCAGCACGACUGGCCUAUCUGGACUGCGACGAGGAGGCGGAGGUGAAGACGACAUCCGGGGCGGCUGAGGAUGGGCCAAAGAGGACGACUGAGGACGAUACCUCAUAUCUUGGCCGCCUGACCAGGGCGGCAGAGAAAUUGGGUGACACUGAACUGGCGGCUGCCCUUGCCGACAGCGAGGCCGAGUGGCGACAAGGCCUACAACUGGCCGAGGAGCUGGACGCUAUCAUUCCACCGGUUGGCUUCGGUGACGACUUCAGCCUCUACCUUGCCAAUACCCUGACGCGUAACAUGCCGCCUCCGCCUGCAUCGACUACCGAAUAUGAGGACAGUGAUGAUAAUGAUGAGGCUACUGACAGCAAAGUGGAUGAAUCGGACGCGAUCGUGGUGUCUUCGGGGCCUGAAGAGAAGAUUGCGCCAUCAUCGGAUGUUCCCGCAGGUAGGCGUCCGCACUUAUUGGUCUUUUUAGUAAAUGCACCGUCUGUCCGACGAAAGGAAAAUUGGCCUGUCGCUUGCUCGCACACAUCAGCCGUUCUACAUCUCUGGGGAAAUCAUACAGGGACCUAAAUAACUUGUUAAUCACCUCGGGCAAUUCGGUCUUUUUAUGUUGAAUAAGUCCAUCCAGGCGAAAUGCGUUUUCAGUUGUUCGCCAUCAGGCUUGUUAACAAAUACAAUAGAAGGGAUCUCAUGAAAUAUGGUCUCGAUUGGAAAGGAUUAUUUGGGUGCGGUUGUAAUAUUGGUUAUAAUGCAGUGUAAUUUUAAGAUGACGGUGUUUGUAUACUCGUCUUUCCGGCCGCCUGCAAAAUGUCGCAUUCGUAAAAAAUGUCUACUUAAGUAGCAUGGCCUCUCUCGUUGAUUUUAGAUGUCGUUAUAAAUCCAAACACAUUUAAUAGAAAGCAACCACGAACAUAUCCUUUCACGUGCACAUGUUUAUAGUGAAUUGUGUCUUCUGCAGAGUUCAUAAUCGAAGGAAUAUCUUUCAGCCCACAGAAACCGCGGGGGGGGGGACCCAAUGAAUGAGACUUUGUAGGCUCAGUCCGAAAGUGGAUGUGAAUAUUUGAGUCGAAAUCCAUCGGCCUUAACGGGAUAACCGCUGAUGCGAACCCCUCGCAGCUGUGUCCUGCAGCAACAGAAUAUCAGUGAAACACGUGUCUGGGCUUUCAGUUGGUACCUUUGCUGUCAGUUCGGUAAAUCAUGUAACAUGUGUAUACUACUGGCUGCCUGUUGACAGUUUAUGGAUACUACACGGUUAUCCCACUGCGAAACUGAUGGAUGUCGACGCAAAUAUUCAUAUUGCAUGUGCAAGUCACUGUCCCUGCGCCCACCCUGCUCUGGGGCAUACGGUGGACACCGUCGGAACGGACGAUGAUGAAUACGCUGAUUUGCCGUGGGGGUGUACUAUUUGGUUCUGGCCUCACCCACUCUUCCAUCCCCUAUGCCCCAGUCGACUGUCAGGGCCUGUCAAGUUGUGUGUUGGCUUAAGUUACAUGAUCUUGGAGUUUCCGCUUGGCUAAAACGUAAGGAGUAGGUCGACGAAUGGUAUGGAGGCGAAAUCCUCGCCUGCUUGGAUUCUGCGAGCUGUACAGGAUAAUAGCUUCCCACGCGAAACUACAACCUGCUUGUUAUACUAGACACCUCCCGUGAUGUUAGAAACAAGUGCAACAUCCACGCCACGGUAGUAUUUUCACAAAUCAUCGAGUAGUCUAUGGUGAAUCUUUGGAGACUGGGAUUUACGGUAGUUGACCAAUGCCCUGCAUUGGUCAGCUACCGUAAAUCCUAAGCGGGUUUAAACCGAGCAAGCGAAGUCUAUUUGUACCCCUAAAGUACUGCCAAUAAACCACUUUUCAUAGACUUCGUCGUCCCUUCUGAUUUUGAAUUACCAUUUGUCCCCAUGGAAAUCAACCAUAACCGUCUUGCUUACAAUCAUUUCAGAUGUUGACAUCACGCCAUAUUGCCCGCGGGAUUGAUAGAACUCCACUAUUCUAGUGGCAGUAUAUGCAUGCAUCCCGCACAUAUUUCUUACAUUUUGCGGUUUUUAAAAUCUAGAACCCGCACCUGAGAAAGUGAAUGCUGAAGAGUCGGCGUCCGUCACCCGGGAACUUACAACAACCAGUGAACUGCUGUCCGAGUCAGCCCGUAAACUCCGUCGCCUGUAUAACGCGCAGUAUCGGCGACUGGGCGAUUACUCAUCCCAGUCGCUCAGUGAGGAGUGCUCUCUACGACCGAGCCAAGUGGAGCUACAGUCUGCGUACAGUCUGGUUAACGAUCUUGUCAGCUUGGUAGCUACAGUUCCGCCUGGGGCUGUGGUUUCGCGGCAGGCCAUUCGUCGUCAGCUGGGUGUUUGCGACCUGCCUCUUAUAGACCCCGAUUUGCUGAAUUCCGACGAGACAGUGCCCACCAGCUAA